ACCUUCGGGGCAACGCCUGCCUCACACGGCCAAGGCAAGGCGAGGGACGCACCGGUUCCCUUUUUUUUCCAUUCCUUCCCCCUCCCACCUUUUCCCUUUUCCUACCCUCCCCGCCCCCUCCAUCCCAUUCACCUUUUCGACGAUAAAAGAAUCGGUAGAGGAGCUCAUCAGUUCCCCUGUCGUUUCCUGGAACCGUCGACUUUUCAACCUUUCGAGGCAUCCCUCACAUCUUCAUCUGUCUUCCUUCUUCUCUCAAGCAGAGAAAAGGAUUCAGCACUCUGUGAGCGCGGGGCAGAUUCUUCAACCCCGCUUCGCCCAACUUCGACUCUACACAUCCCACCCGACACAGAAAUUUCAAAGAGCUCGUUGAGCCACCGCCGUCAAGAUGGUCAACUUCACCGUCGAGGAGAUCCGUGGGCUCAUGGACAAGCCCACCAACGUCCGUAACAUGUCCGUCAUUGCCCACGUCGAUCACGGAAAGUCCACCCUCACCGACUCCCUUCUCUCCAAGGCCGGUAUCAUCUCCACCGCCAAGGCCGGAGAUGCGAGAGCCACGGAUACCCGUGCCGACGAGCAGGAGCGUGGUAUUACGAUCAAGUCUACCGCCAUCUCCCUGUACCACAACGUCGACCCCGAAGAUGUCAAGGACAUUGUUGGCCAGAAGACCGACGGCACCGACUUCCUCAUCAACCUGAUCGACUCCCCCGGUCACGUUGAUUUCUCUUCCGAAGUCACUGCCGCUCUCCGUGUCACCGACGGUGCUCUCGUCGUCGUCGACACCGUCGAGGGUGUCUGCGUCCAGACCGAGACUGUCCUGCGUCAGGCCCUCGGUGAGCGCAUCAAGCCCGUCGUCAUCAUCAACAAGGUCGACCGUGCUCUUCUCGAGCUUCAGGUCUCCAAGGAGGAUCUGUACCAGUCCUUCUCCCGUACCAUCGAGUCCGUCAACGUCAUCAUCUCCACCUACUUUGACAAGUCGCUCGGUGACGUCCAGGUCUACCCCGACAAGGGUACCAUCGCCUUCGGUUCCGGUCUUCACGGCUGGGCCUUCACCAUCCGCCAGUUCGCCGUCCGCUACGCCAAGAAGUUUGGUGUCGACCGCAACAAGAUGAUGGAGCGUCUCUGGGGCGACAACUACUUCAACCCCCACACCAAGAAGUGGACCACCAAGAGCUCCCACGAGGGCAAGCAGCUCGAGCGUGCCUUCAACCAGUUCAUCUUGGACCCCAUCUUCAAGAUCUUCUCCGCCGUUAUGAACUUCAAGAAGGAGGAGGUCGCCACCCUUCUCCAGAAGCUCGACCUCAAGCUCCCCGUUGAGGACCGCGACAAGGAGGGCAAGCAGCUCCUCAAGGCCGUCAUGCGCACUUUCCUCCCCGCCGCCGACGCCCUUCUCGAGAUGAUGAUUCUCCACCUUCCCUCCCCCGUCACCGCCCAGAAGUACCGUGCCGAGACUCUGUACGAGGGUCCCCCCGACGACGAGGCCGCCAUUGCCAUCCGCGACUGCGAUGCCAAGGGUCCCCUCAUGCUGUACGUCUCCAAGAUGGUUCCCACCUCCGACAAGGGUCGCUUCUACGCUUUCGGUCGUGUCUUUGCCGGUACCGUCAAGUCCGGUAUCAAGGUCCGCAUCCAGGGCCCCAACUACACCCCCGGCAAGAAGGAGGACCUCUUCAUCAAGGCUAUCCAGCGUACCGUCCUCAUGAUGGGUGGCAAGGUCGAGGCCAUCGACGACAUGCCUGCCGGUAACAUUGUCGGUCUCGUUGGUAUUGACCAGUUCCUCCUCAAGUCUGGUACUCUCACCACCUCCGACACCGCCCACAACCUCAAGGUCAUGAAGUUCUCCGUCUCCCCCGUCGUCCAGCGCUCCGUCCAGGUCAAGAACGCCCAGGAUCUCCCCAAGCUCGUCGAGGGUCUCAAGCGUCUCUCCAAGUCCGACCCCUGUGUCCUGACCAUGACCUCCGAGUCUGGUGAGCACAUUGUCGCCGGUGCCGGUGAGCUCCACUUGGAGAUUUGCCUGAACGAUCUCAUGAACGACCACGCCGGUGUUCCCCUCAUCAUCUCCGACCCCGUCGUCCAGUACCGUGAGACCGUUGUUGGCAAGUCCAGCAUCACCGCUCUCUCCAAGUCUCCCAACAAGCACAACCGUAUCUACAUGAUUGCUGAGCCCAUUGACGAGGAGCUCUCCAAGGAGAUCGAGGCUGGCAAGAUCAGCCCCCGUGACGAUUUCAAGGCCCGCGCCCGUGUCCUCGCCGACGACUUCGGCUGGGAUGUCACUGACGCCCGUAAGAUCUGGACUUUCGGUCCCGACACCACUGGCGCCAACUUGCUCGUCGACCAGACCAAGGCCGUCCAGUACCUCAACGAAAUCAAGGACUCCGUCGUCUCUGGUUUCCAGUGGGCCACCCGCGAGGGUCCCGUUGCCGAGGAGCCCAUGCGUUCCGUCCGCUGGAACGUCAUGGAUGUCACCCUCCACGCCGAUGCCAUUCAUCGUGGUGGUGGCCAGAUCAUCCCUACCUCCCGCCGUGUCCUGUACGCCGCCGCCCUUCUCGCCGAGCCCGCUCUUCUCGAGCCCGUCUUCUUGGUCGAGAUCCAGGUUCCCGAGCAGGCCAUGGGUGGUGUCUACGGCGUCCUUACCCGCAGACGUGGUCACGUCUUCGGUGAGGAGCAGCGCCCCGGUACCCCUCUGUUCACCAUCAAGGCCUACCUGCCCGUCAUGGAGUCCUUCGGCUUCAACAGUGACUUGCGCCAGGCCACCUCCGGACAGGCCUUCCCCCAGUCCGUCUUUGACCACUGGCAGCCCCUGCCCGGUGGCUCUCCUCUCGACGGCACCUCCAAGGUCGGCCAGAUCGUCCAGGAGAUGCGUAAGCGCAAGGGUCUCAAGGUUGAGGUUCCCGGUGUUGAGAACUACUACGACAAGUUGUAAACGCCUUUCCCACGGGUUAAUAGAAAAUGGCGUUGUGCCUUUUUGGGCAUUUAUGACGAACUGGGUUUGGUGGAUGAUAUCAAAAAUUAUGACCCCGUUCUUUCCAUAGCUUUCGCGUAGUCUCGAAUGAAGACAAAGUUCAAUAUGUAAA